UGGCGUAGAAUUCACGUUCCCUUCGUCUCUUCACAUAAAAGCUCGUUGGGCAGCCAAGCUUAUCCUUUCCCCUCCCUCGUACGUAAUGAACGUCUCUCUUACGUUCCCCGCCGCUUUUUCCCGGAAGCGGAACAAAGACGGAAGCCUAAGUGGGACCUGCGAGGCGUGUUUGACGCUUCGCCUUCUCCCUUGAAUGAAGCUUCGGUAAUUUUCUUGGCUACGGUGGGAACCGUUCAGGUGUGAUUCGCUGAACGGGGGACACGGCGCAGGUGCAGCCAUGGAGGAUGACGCGCCUGUGAUUUAUGGGCUGGAAUUCCAGGCACGAGCUUUAACACCCCAGACAGCAGAAACAGAUGCGAUACGGUUUUUGGUUGGAACACAGUCUCUUAAAUAUGAUAAUCAGAUUCACAUCAUAGAUUUUGACGAUGAAAAUAACAUUAUAAACAAAAAUGUUCUUCUCCAUCAAGUCGGUGAAAUCUGGCACAUAAGUGCUAGUCCAGCUGAUAAAGGGGUCCUUGCAACCUGCUACAACAAAACUUCAGACAGUAAAGUCAUGACAUGUGCGGCUGUUUGGAGGAUGCCGAAGGAAUUGGAAUCAGGCAGUCAUGAAUCCCCUGAUGAUUCAUCAAGCAACGCUCAAACCCUGGAGCUACUCUGUCACCUUGACAACACAGCCCAUGGCAAUAUGGCCGGUGUUUUAUGGGAGCCAAUGGGAGACGGCAAAAAGUUAGUUUCUCUGGCGGAUAAUCACUUACUUCUAUGGGAUUUACAAGAAAGUUCAAGCAAAGCUGUGCUGUCAAAUUCAGCAGCACUGGAAGGAAAAGGACAGUUAAAAUUUACCUCUGGGCGAUGGAGUCCCCACCAUAAUUGCACUCAGGUUGCAACAGCCAAUGACACUGCUAUACGAGGGUGGGACAUUCGAACUAUGAGCCAAAUAUAUUGCAUAGAAAGCGCUCAUGGACAGCUGGUACGGGACCUCGAUUUUAAUCCCAACAAACAGUACUAUUUGGCUAGUUGUGGAGAUGACUGCAAAGUGAAAUUUUGGGACACCAGAAAUGUCAAUGAGCCAGUGAAGACACUAGAAGAGCAUUCCCACUGGGUUUGGAAUGUCCGUUACAACCAUUCCCACGACCAAUUAGUCCUUACAGCCAGCAGUGACAGCAGAGUCAUUCUUUCCAACAUGGUGUCCAUUUCUUCUGAACCUUUUGGUCAUCUGGUGGAUGAUGAGGAACUUAGUGACCAGGAAGAUCACCAGCAGGAGGACAAGAUUAAAGAGCCACUUCAGGACAGCAUAAUAGCUACCUACGAAGAACAUGAAGACAGUGUCUAUGCUGUGGAAUGGUCUUCAGCCGACCCAUGGCUAUUUGCCUCGUUAAGUUAUGAUGGAAGGCUUGUCAUUAACAGAGUUCCCAGAGCUCUUAAAUACCACAUACUGUUAUAAAUCUACUCACAUUCCUUCAGGUUCAUUAUUUUUAUAUUGGUUGAUAAUUGGAAAUACUGUUUCGCAAUUGUCACAACUGGAAUAGCCACCCUUCUCUCUCUGGUGUAAAUAUUUGAAAAAUAAAAAAAAAAUGAAAAUAAAA